CGUCACGAGCACUACUCGCACUUAAAUCAAUUCGAUUCAGCUCCUGGUAGUUCGUCGCAGUGGCUGUGAAAUCCGAAUUCAAAUCCAAAUCACAUCGAUAAUAACCGCAAUUAAUUAAGCAAUUUCUAAAUCGUGCCCAUCAAAUUUUGUGACAAUAAUAACAAAAAAAGUUUCCAAAUUAAAAAUUUGGAAAAUUGCAAACAAAAAACAAAAUCAAAAAAAGUGAUCCAAAGAAUUUCAAUUGAAAAUCAGUUCGUUUUGUGAGCAGCUCUCCCGGUGGAGCUAUGAUGACCACAACGACCUCGCAGCACCAUCAGCACCACCCAAUCAUGCCGCCAGCCAUGCGCCCCGCUCCCGUACAGGAGAGUCCUGUUUCACGCCCCCGCGCCGUCUACAGCAUCGAUCAGAUCCUGGGAAAUCAGCACCAGAUCAAGCGCAGUGAUACGCCCAGCGAAGUGCUGAUUACGCAUCCCCACCACGGCCAUCCCCAUCACAUCCAUCACUUGCACAGCAGCAACAGCAACGGCAGCAAUCAUUUGUCGCUACAGCAGCAGCAGCAGCAACACCACCAGCAGCAGCAACAGCAACUCCAACAGCAGCAGCAACAUCAACAGCAAUUGCAGGUUCAGGCCAAGCGAGAGGACUCCCCAACGAAUACGGACGGAGGUCUGGACGUGGAUAACGAUGACGAGCUGUCCUCCAGUCUGAACAAUGGCCAUGAUCUCAGCGAUAUGGAGAGGCCGCGAAAAGUUCGAAGAUCUCGCACAACAUUUACAACAUUUCAAUUGCAUCAGCUGGAGCGGGCCUUCGAGAAGACCCAGUAUCCCGAUGUUUUCACAAGGGAGGAUCUGGCCAUGCGCUUGGAUUUGAGCGAAGCACGCGUGCAGGUGUGGUUCCAGAACCGACGGGCUAAAUGGCGCAAACGUGAGAAGUUUAUGAAUCAGGACAAGGCCGGUUACCUCCUGCCCGAACAAGGUCUGCCGGAGUUUCCGCUGGGCAUUCCCCUGCCGCCGCAUGGACUUCCGGGUCAUCCGGGCGCUAUGCAGUCGGAGUUCUGGCCCCCGCACUUCGCCCUCCAUCAGCAUUUCAAUCCUGCUGCAGCCGCUGCCGCCGGCCUGCUGCCCCAACAUCUGAUGGCGCCCCACUACAAGCUGCCCAACUUCCACACCCUGCUCUCCCAGUACAUGGGCCUGAGUAAUCUCAAUGGUAUCUUUGGAGCGGGAGCAGCGGCUGCAGCGGCGGCGGCCUCGGCUGGGUAUCCGCAGAAUCUGUCGCUGCAUGCCGGUCUUUCCGCCAUGAGCCAGGUGAGCCCGCCCUGCAGCAACAGCAGUCCUCGAGAGAGUCCCAAGCUAGUGCCUCAUCCCACAACGCCUCAUGUCACGCCGCCAGCCGGGAGCAACGGAGGUGGCACCACUCUGAUCUCGGGCGGACUGAUCUCGACGGCCGCCCAAUCGCCCAGCAGCGCUGCCGGCGCCAGCAGCAAUGCCUCCACUCCCGUUUCCGUGGUCACUAAGGGCGAGGACUGAAUGAAUGCUCCGUGAUAUUUGGAUUCGUUAUGUACAUACAUAAUUAUAUAUAUACUUGUAGAUAUCUAGUUGUACUUAUGGUUAUAUAGCCCACGCAUUGUAAGAUAUAUGGAGCUUUGUCUAUCGCCAAAGUUAACGUAGUCGUAAAACUUAAAUAAGCGAUCUUUGAGCAAAAUUAGCCACAUGCGGACAUAAAGUUAGUCUAUCUCCACUAAGGAAAACUG